AUGAUGAUGAUUUCUUCCUCUUUCUCUUCUUGUUUGCAUUCGCCGAAUCUUCUUUUGUCGGCGAAUUCUCGUCGAAACACCACCCCGGGGUUGUUCCGCGUCGUCGGCGCCGUUCGAGCGUCGUCGUCGACGAGAAGAACAGCUCGAUUUCGAGGAGGCUCUUUCUUCGGCGCUUUUUUGUCGUCUUCGUCUUCGGAACGAGCUUUCCCACGGCUUCUUCGUCGUCUUUCUCGGGGCGCAAAAUCACUAGCCGGUGGUGGAGGAGGGGUGGAUGGCGUUGAGACCUUAAACGACAAAAUCGCCUCGCAAGCGGCUUUGGUGAAAGGAUUGAAAGCGGACGGGAAGACGAACCAAGACGAGGAGGUGAAAGCAGCGGUGACGAUUUUGAAGGCGUUGAAAGCAGAGCUGGAGGAGGGCGAGAUUAGGACGGAAACGACGAGGGAAGCGAUUUUGGGCGACGGCGGCGGCGAAGAGAAGAAGAAGAAGACGCAAAAGAAAGGAGGAGGAGGAGGAGGGAAAAAGAAAGGCGGCGGCGGCGGCGAGCAGUCGUCUGGUUCUUCUCCGGAGGAAGUUAGAGCAGUGCGCAUUGAGAAAAUGGCGCAGUUGAAAACGUCGAAUCAAGAGCCGUUCGCGUAUAGGUUUGAUCGAACAAACACGGCGGCGAAAUUGCAAGCCGCGUAUCCGGAUUCGGUUUUGGCGAAAGGCUGCGAGUUGGAAAACGGAACGAGAGAGAAAGUGUGCGGCAGAGUGACGGCGAGAAGGGUUUUUGGGAAACUCGCGUUUAUGACCUUGACGGAUGCGAGCGGGACGAUUCAGUUGUAUUGCGACGAGUCGAGGAUCGAUCAGGAGCAGUUUGAGACGAUCAAAACCUUAAUCGAUGUCGGCGAUAUCGUCGGGUGCGAAGGGCCUUUGAAACGGACGGAUAAAGGUGAAUUGUCGAUUGUCGUGGAAGAUGUGAAGGUUUUAACAAAGUCAUUGAGAAAUUUACCGGAUAAGUGGCACGGUUUGCAAGAUGUUGAGAUUAAAUAUCGACAAAGAUACGUGGAUUUAAUCGCGUCGUCGGAUUCGAGAGAUACUUUUUAUCAAAGAACAAAGAUUAUCAAAACGAUGAGAAGGUAUUUGGAAGACGAGUUGGAGUUUAUGGAGAUGGAGACGCCGAUAAUGCACACGGUUUCCGGCGGAGCGGACGCUAAACCAUUCAACACGCACCACAACGCUUUAAAUAUGGAUUUAACGUUACGAAUCGCGACCGAGUUACACUUGAAGCGCUUAGUCAUCGGCGGAUUUGAAAGAGUGUAUGAAAUUGGACGCAUUUUUCGAAACGAAGGAUUAUCGACCAGGCAUAACCCUGAAUUUACGUCUAUCGAGUUGUACCAAGCGUACGGUGACGUGAGCGACAUGUUGGAGUUGACUGAGGAAGUCAUCUGUAGAUGCGCGGCGGCGGUGAGCCCGUCUAAAAAAUUAGAACCCAUCCAAUACGGAGACGAAACGAUCGAUUUAACGAAAAGACCGUGGAGACGUGCGAGCAUGAACGAUUUAGUCAUCGAAGCGUGCAAUGUGGACGUGUUGAAUGGCUUCGAUGGUGAUUUAGAAAAAGCGAAAGCGGCGUGCGAACCGGCUUUAAAAGCGCACUCGAAACAAGCCGGCGCUUCCAUCCCGGCCGUUCGAGAUUCGCCAAACCUAGGAACUUUGUUGAACGAAAUGUUUGAAGCGACCGUCGAGGGAACUUUACGCCAACCAACGUUCGUUCUCGAUCACCCGAUCGAGAUCUCUCCUCUUGCGAAACCGCAUCGAGACAAAAAAGGCGUCACCGAACGUUUCGAACUCUUCGUCGUCGGUCGAGAGUUGGCCAACGCGUUUUCGGAGCUCACCGACCCUAUCGAUCAAAGAGAACGAUUCGAAAAACAGUCGCGAGCGCACGCAGAAACUCAACGCGCCGCGCUCGUUCGCGCCGAGAAAAAAGUCGAACGCGGCGAUAAAGACGCCGGCGACGUGUUGAAGGAAACCACGGACGAUAUUUACGAGUUUCCGAUUGACGAAGAUUUCAUCAACGCUUUGGAAUACGGAAUGCCGCCGUGUGGGGGAUUAGGCAUAGGCGUCGAUAGAUUGGUGAUGUUACUCACGAAUUCACCGAGCAUUCGAGACGUGAUCGCGUUUCCCACGCUCAAAAACGAAGAUUAG